AUGAGCAAGGGCAACGGAAAGGAACAGACCCCCAAAGAACAGCCCCCCAAGGAACUCAUCCCUAGGGAGGCAGAAGCAUUGAUACGCUCUCAGAUUGACCUCUACGGUAAAAUCGCCCGCGCUUACGACAACCUGAAAAAGCAGGGCGUCGCUAACAUCACUAUCGGGCUGGCGGAGGCUUGCCUGCAAGCCCUCGAAUCCAAUUGGGCGAAAUUCGAGGCUCAGCAUGACCGGCUCGCUGCCAAUUUCUGGGAGGCCCUGGCCGGGCACGAGUACCUGAAGAAGGACAUAAGCUCUCUCGCAGAAGAGACCUUCAUUACUCAAAAGGGCGUAUUCUUGGAGACCCUUCGCUGCAUGAAAGCCAAGGCCAAGGAGGAGCCCCCCGCAGCUCCUGUCACGGCACCCCAUCGGCCUCGCACGACACUCCCGCGCAUCCAACUGCCUCAGUUCUCGAGCCGUUAUGAGGAUUGGCCCUCCUUCCGCGAUCUCUUUCACUCGAUCAUCGGGAAAGAUGCCGCCACUACACAGGUGGAAAAGCUGCAUUACCUACAGUCCUGCUUGAAGGGAAAGGCCGAUCUUCUCAUCCGCAGUCUAACCACCACUAACGAGAAUUUCGAACGUGCGUGGAAGGCCCUAACCGACUACUAUGAAAAUAAACAACUUCUGGUGCGCUCAUACAUAGCGCAGUCUACGGCCCUGCAGAAGCUUAAGAGCGAGUCCGCCCCCGAGCUGCGUAAGUUGUUUCACUGCGUUCUUAACACCGUCGGUUCGUUGGAGGGUAUCGGUCGACCGAUCACACGGGGCGAGGGCCUGUUCGUGUACUUGAUAGUGGAGCUGCUCGACUCCAAAUCGCGCCGUGAGUGGGAGAACGCGAUAAGCGAGACGACGGAACCGCCGUCGUAUUCCGACUUGCGCCAGUUCCUGGAGCGACUUCUGCAUAUCCUCGAGUCCUUGCAACCGAUCAAGCCGGAGACCGGCAAGGCGGACGCUAGCCCCGCCAAGACUAGCGAAACCUCGACCCGACAAGCCGCGCGUUGCACGCGUGCCAAAAGGAAAAUAAGUAUGGCCGCUGCACUCUUUGCCGACGAGAUCAUUACAUCCUGCGACGCGUACCAGGCGAAGACGGCUGAGGAGAGAAAGAAGCAUGUCGAGAAGCACCACUUGUGCAUCAACUACCUCGGCAAGCACAAGCUAAGUGAGUGCGCUUCUCAGCGGACGUGCACGUCCUGCAACGCGCGUCAUCACUCGACCUUGCACGACGCCUGUCGAGCGGACAAGGGCGCGAAAUCUACCGAGGUCGCGAGAGUGGCGCACCUCGCGCAGCGGCCGCCCGAGAUUCCGGUGGCAGUGCUCCUCGCCACCGCCCGCGUUCGCGUAAAGGACCGAACGGGCGCCGACCACUUCGCUCGCGCGCUCACAGACCAGGGCUCCGAUUCGUCGCUGAUCUCAGAGUCGCUGGCCCAACGUCUGCGGCUCAUCCUUAAGCCGACCUCGGUUGCGGUGUUCGGAGUCGAGGGGAAGCGCACAGGCUUCGCGCGCGGCCUUGUGGACCUUCUAGUCUCGCCUCGAGGAAGCGGACCGCCGACGCCGGUGUCGGCAAUAAUUCUUCCCCGUCUCACUCUCCAAGACGGCGGAAUUAAAGUGGAACGUCGGACGUGGGCUCACAUCAACGGACUGGAGUUCACCGAUCCAAAGUUCUUAGCAGCGGACUCAAUCGACAUCCUCCUGGGUGCCGACGUCUACGCCUCCAUCCUUCAGGCCGGCCUUCGAAAAGGGGGUCCUUACGAACCAGUGGCGCAGAAAACCAAGUUAGGGUGGAUACUUUCUGGGGUUGUCGGACGGACAGCAGAUGUUCGGCGCGCUCAGACGCUUCAAUGUCGAGCCGAGGAGAAUCUGCCCGCACUAGUACAGAAAUUCUGGCUCCAGGAAGAAGCGCCCGCCGCCGCCCCGCCGCCGCUCACGCCGGCGGAACAAAAUUGCGAGGACUUUUUCCGCCGAACGCACGCACGCACCGCAGAGGGCCGAUACGUGGUGCGACUCCCCGUUGUCGAGCCGCUGUCGUAUCUAGCAUCCACGCGCCAAGUCGCGCAGCGUGUCCCCUCCAGCAUGGAAAAAAGAUUCGAGCAGGAUGUUCGCCUGCGCCAGCUCUACCUAGAGUUCCUGCUGCAAUACGAGGAGUUGGGCCACAUGGAGAUCGUAGAUAGGACCGAUUAA